AUGUCAGAUUCAACAAACGAAAUUAUUCCUGGGUUAGGACAGAAGAAAGUUUUUAAAAUAAUUGUAUUGGGUGAUUCUGGGGUAGGAAAAACGUGUCUCACGUACCGUUUUUGUGAAGGACAGUUUUUAGAUAAAUCAGAGGCUACAAUAGGGGUGGACUUCCGAGAAAGAACAAUACGCAUUCGUAACGAAGAUAUUAAGUUACAGUUAUGGGACACAGCUGGUCAAGAGAGGUUCCGUAAAUCCAUGGUGCAGCAUUACUACCGUAAUGUACAUGCUGUGGUGAUAGUUUAUGAUGUCACCAAACCGGAAACAUUUCAUUCCAUUACAAGUUGGAUGUCGGAAGUUGAAUCUCACGGACUCACAAAAGCUCCUCGUGUGUUAGUCGGUAACAAAUGUGACUGUGGAUCACCUUCUGAUAGAUUGGCCACGGUGUAUGCACAACGUCUAGCUGAUAGAUAUGGGAUGCCUCUCUUUGAAACCUCAGCCUUACUAGACUCUGAGUGUGACAAUGUUGAGUCCAUCUUUAUAACCCUCGCACACAAGUUAUACUCACACCAGCCUUUCAGGGUUGUGAGUGUUGAGGGAGAACUAGGUCCGAGACUGGUAACACUUAAUAGACACAAGAGGAAUACAAGUAAUGAUAAUUGCCUAUGCAGUUAG